AUGGCCCAGGGCCGGCUUCUAACAUUCGAGAACGUUGUUCGCCAAGCUGACUUCACGCGAAUCGAGAGUCACAUCGUGGAUGGAAUCAUCGUGUCGACUCAUUUUCUACUGCUUGGGCGUCCGUCAGCAGUUGGUCAUGGGAGUCUUGAUGCGCCAUCUGGGCGUCCUCGACUCGGUGCGUUCAAUGUUUCCUCGGACUCCGGCGCCCAUAUGGCUUGUAACGCUGAGUUAACUCCGAGCGCAGGAGUUAACCAUCAGUUCGCCAUUCAUGUCAUCGACUUUUCCAUUUGCUCCUCCUCUCCAAAUGUGGCUAUUGGACGGCUCCUGAAGCUGGUUUUAAACCCGGUUUCUCCUCUUUUCUUGACCAGCGACUACUGCGGGCGAAGAAUGCCCAUCGAUUUCAUCCGUCCUGGAGUGACCACGCAGCAUUCCCUCCGUUGUGCUCAGCGCCAUACAGAGUACGCCUCAGCCAGUUUGUAUGUUUCGCAAUCGUCCUGCCUGGCAGCUUAUGGGUCCUUGUUGCAGCUGGGUCUUGAAGUCCUCCUGAUGAAUAGCAAUCCUCAGCUCACUUACGGGAUCGACGCCUCAUCCCUUGACGUGAGGAUGCCCGUCGUGAGGGUUGGGAUCUUGGAAUAG